AUGCACAUCUUUAUCUACUUUAUCUACUAUGCAACUGAAUCGCUGUUGUCCCUACCGAAGCGAUGGCUGAGCACACAGGGCUACGGCGGCGACGACGACGAGUUCCAGAAUGUACAGCUGCCAAAGCUGCCAGUGCCAGACCUCCAGGCGACGAUGGAUUCGUACCUGGAAUUUGCAGCGGUGGUGGUGAGCCCACAGCAGGUGGAACACACCCGAGGACUGGUGCGCGGAUUCAUGGAAGAGCUGGGCCCCACGCUGCAAGAGAUGUUGCUAGAUAGACAGAGGGAGAUGGAAAAUUGGUCAGUCGACGAAGCGACCAACGAUGAACAUUUAUUGGACGUGAUGUUGAAAUUAUUAAAAAGUUUGUGUAUUUGCAUGCAUGAAACUUUAAAAGAAAAAGAAAGCAAUCUAUUUACCGGUGAUACUAAUUAUUUAAAAGACGAUGAUAAAUCGCAAACUUCUAGUAAAGAAGUUCUCGAUUUGUAUACAAAAAUGUACAACAGUACCUGUUUUAAUUUAAGAGAAGAUUUAGUUCGUAAAAUAAAUAAAAUGCACGAUCUGAUAAAAGAUAAUGGAGAAAGUGAAAUAAUGAGAAAAUCUACAUGUGGAAAAAAAAUGAAAGUAACAACAGAAAAAGUGAUUCCAGUAACUGGACAAACUGUAAGAGGGGUAAAUAAAUCAAAUUUAAGUAAUAUUUUAUUCAAAACCUUCAUAGAAACAAGACAAUUCCACAAAUAUAAGUUGAAUAAUUUGUUCACAAAAUCUCAGUCAUUAUCUCCUAGUGAUACAAACCAUAGUGUAAUUAUUAUAUUAACAUUACAUCCAAAAACAUCAAUUUUAAAUGAUACAUCAAAUAUCUCUCAUGUGGUCUCUGAUAUUGAUUUUACUAAAACUCUGAACACGGAGUCACCAAUAGAUAUUGUUAUUUUAGAAACUACAAAUUCUUUACCUGAUUAUAAAAAAAAACAAAAGGGGUUAGACGACAAUAUGAGUGAAUGUCAACUGAGAUCAAUUUACAAUUUCCUUUUAGAAAGUGAACAGAAAAAUUCAAUAAAAGUAUUCAAGUUAAUAAAGAAAAAGGGCACAAUCAUUAUGUAUUUACAUGUUAUAACAAUGAGAAAUUAUACAGAUUAUAGCAGAGCAGGCUGCAAUGAAGAUCAACAUAACUUAAACAAAACAUUUGUUAUGCAAAGCGGCGAUAGAAAUAAAACAAAGAAAAAUAAACUUCUCGAAACUAUUUCUGAAACAAGAAAAAAUGAUUGGAAAUCUGUAUACAAAACAAAAGGAACAACUUUUUCAACUGGCAUGAUAAAAUAUUUACAAACUACCAAAAAUAACAAGCAAUUGUUACAACUAGAAAAUAAAAAUAAGUCUAAAAAUGAUGCAACAGAAUUUGAAAUUCUAAAUAAGGUUAUGAGUAAUAAAUGGAAAGCUACAGUCAAAAUGAACACACAUUUAAGUAAUGACGUCACUUCACGUCGUAAUGAAAUAUAUACCAACAGAAAACUAUAUGAUUAUGACGGAUCAAUCAGUCCUACUUUGGAGACUAUAGCUGAUUCUGUUUCGCACAGGAAUAAUCAAGCACAAUCAAUAAAAAUACUUUUCAAUAAUUCAAUGUUAGGCAAAAUCAAAGAUUUCAAUGAAAAAGAUAGGUUGCUGCCAAUUUUUUUUACUCAAUCGCAAUGGAUGAAUAGCCGGCAACAAGUGCCAAACACAACUCCUUUAAAUAAAAUAAAUAACAAACAUGCAAUCAUUACUACUAAUGAUGUUAAAGUAGAUCAUAAGACAGAUUUUUGGGACAAGAAAAAAAAUAUUUUUAAAAAGACAGCCCAUAUCCUAAAAGAAAAAUCUCAGACAAAAACAAGCCAAUUAACAGAAAAAACAAGCAUGACAAUUAUGCCAACAAACAGAUUUCAUGGUAUUAUUAAUAGCAAUAGAACUUUGACAAAUUUUACGAAUAUAACAUCAGCAUUUUACAAAAUGCAAGCAGACAAUCGAUUAGUAACAUCACCAUACUAUGAAGAGACGAAUCCAACAAUCACAAUGUAUUCAAAUAAUUCCACAAAAUCGGAAAUAUUGGAAUUAGAAAAAAGACACAUUCUAGAUAUUGACCGAAAUGAUAUUAAAAAAGACGAUUAUAAUGAACCUGUAAAGUUUACAUUAAGUGAUGGGAAAGUGAAUAAGAAAAAUAUACUAUCAAAUAAAUCAAUAUCGUCAAUGCUUGCUUCAAAUUAUGUGCUUACUAUAACAAAUUCCUUAGCAUUUACUGAAAAUAAUAAUAUCCACAAUAUAACGAAUAUAAAGAAUGCUGCACAUCAAAAUGAUUCAAAUAUUUUUAGUACAGUAAAAUAUAAGAUUAUAGAUAUAAUCGCAAAAAAUACUAGAGACAUACCCAAAACCAACUUACAAAGACUUUUAAAGAAUAAUUUAUACAGUAAAUCUGAACAAAUAAUAUCAAAAUUAAAUAAUGGGUCAGUUGCCAAAGAGCAAGGAUCAUUUAAAUUACUAAAAGAAAAAACAAUUCAAGAUAAAAUAAAUCCUGUACAAGAAAAAUACCUUACAACAAUUUUUCUAACUCCUAAACAUAUGAUAAAGUCUGAGCAAAUUAACGUUAAUAUUGAUGAAGCCACCAGUGGGAAUUUGAAAAAUAUUGCGACUAGUAAAGAGUCUUCUGCAAAUUUUGGAGAAUCAUUAUUUUCGCCAUACCCAACUAUGGAUAAGAAAGAAAGUAAGUUGAUAGAAACGACUUUAAAUAAAAGACAACAUAGUAAUUUGUCAUUUAAUGAAAGAAAUAUAUUACCUCUUAUAACGGAGAUCAGAGAGGCAUCUAAAAUAUCCAGUACCCAAACUUCAGUUAUAAAUACCUUUACAGUAAAACCUCUGCAAUUAUAUAUUGCUGAUUCCUUUAUGAAUAAAAAUUAUUCAUCGUCAAUCACUCAAUUUAUAACAAGUUCCAAAACUCCCGCAUCAUUAUCUGAAGCAACCACCCAAACUGCCAAUGGCUACAAAUGGCAAGAAGAAAAUAAACUAACAGAGACAAGAGUGACAAAAGGAUUUCCUGAUAUAAUUAUUGACAAUGUUGAUGCAUUAACUGAAAAUCAAAUAUCACCUCCUGAGCAGCUCAGAUUAAAUUUUCGUAAUGAAAAUUUAUAUAAUAAUCUAAAAGACAAUAUAACGGAUAAACCUGCUCAAAUAGAAAUAGUGUCUAGUUAUAAUAAUUUGUCAUUAUUAAAUAAAGCUAACUACAAAUCGCAUAAACAAGGCAAGUCCUCUAAUAUGGAAGUAACAAAUGUUGUUGACAACAAUUACGAUGUUGAUACUUUAACUAAAUAUCAAAUAUCUACUCCUGAAUAUAGAGUAAAUUUUAUUAAAAAACAACAAAAUAAAUUUAGUCAUAUAUCAAAAAUAGAUAGAUAUAACCGAGAAAAUAUAGAAGAUAUAAAAAACAAUGAAAAAGAUAUAUUUUUCUAUUUAACUACAAACUCAUACAAAAUAAGUACAAAUGGCUUAUCAACAGUUACAAAUUUCGCAGAUGAUGAUGUUGUACUUCAUAGCAAAUCAAAGGACCCGCCAAUAAGAUAUGACCAUGAUAAAACUACGUAUGAGUUGAAAACCGGUUUCCCCAAGGAAACAGCUGAUAACAAUUUUUUAACAAUAAGUCCUUAUGAUAAGAAAAUAUUAUUAAAGGAUUAUUUGAAUACUUUUGAUAUAAUAAGAUACAAUAAUAAAAAAAAUCAUGAAUUCACAAAAGCAACAACAUUUGCGCUACCUUUUUUAACUGUUAUACCUGAAAAACAAGUCGAAAUUCACUUCCAAAAUUUUACAUCACAGUUACCAUCAAGUUACACCUAUUCUGGUUCUCCAGAGGAGUCAACGAUAGCUUUACCAACAAUUACGUAUUAUAGUUCUUCAAAAGGUACAAAUACAGACCAUCACAACAAUUCAAUAAAAAAAAAUAUUUUUGGAGAGGAUUUACGAACGUCAGUUGAACAAAAUCGGAAACGUAACAAAAGUGAAGUUGCAACAUCACCCAAUAAACAAAACGAAACAUUGGAUGAAUUUAUAAAACAAAGUAAUAAAUAUAUUUUAGAUAAUUUAAAAAUUACUACAAAAGCUAUUAUAAAGAAACAAAAGAAGCCUUUCUUAAUUGAAGAAAUAGCUCAUAAUUUAAGCAAAAUAAUUACACAGAAAAGUAAUAGCACCAUAAAGACUGAUGUAUUAUCACAGUCAAAAAAUUAUAAAAACAAAGAACAAAUAACAGUAACGAGAAUGUUAUCAAAUACAAGUGAUAAUAUAGUUACAAAAUCGGACAUAUUUUUAGAGAACAAAAAAGAUGUGAUUGAUAUUAAAAUUCCAAUUCCUGUAUCUUCAAAAAUGAAAACAAUACAAACCACAUUUGAACGACAACGCAACUUUACAGUAAUAAAAAUUUUAAAUACCGGAGAUCGUCGUUUCAAACACGGUUACAAGGAUAGCCUAAAUCAUACUGAUUGUUCAAUUUAUGAUUACAAAACUGAUCUCUAUAAAACAUUUAAAAUUUCAACUAUAGACAACGACAAAAAUAAAAAAAUGAUAAAUGGUGUAGAUAAAGAUGAAAAUAAUAUUAUAAAAAUAGAAAGUAAUAAGAAUUUGACACAAUUUAAAAAUAAAACAAACGUAAAAACUCCUGUAUUAGAUACAUUCGCUAAAAUAAAUCUCUAUCCUAUUAAAAAAGAAUUGCCGAAGACUCGUAAGGUUAUGAAAACAAUUAAAUUGGCAGGUCAAAAUAAAGGAAUACUAACAAUGAAUACUAAAGAUUUUUUCGCCCAUCGACGCUCAGCGACUCAAAGGGCGCAAGCUCCAGUUUCUAAUAAUUUUUACAUACCACAACCAUUUUUCUUCCACACACCAACCAUUGCUUCACGACACAUAGUUUUAAAACCAAAGUUUAACAAGAUCGAUAGAAGAAAGCCUAAACCUGAUUUUAGGAUGUUAAAAGUUGAUGAUAAUAUUUACAGAGACGAUUAUCGCCCUCAUCGCACUAAGUUGUCGUGGAAAGACAAAGUUAAUUUCAUGCAACAAGUUUUCGAUAAAGUGUCUGUUACUCAAAAAUCAAUUGAAGAAGAUGUUUUAAUAAGGCCCGAAUUUCUGCAGCCGACGGAGCCAAGGCUGUUGAGAGACAGAGUGAACUACAAAAGGCGCUUUCUGAAACCCAUAAUCAAUAAACAUACUACUACCAGUGCUUACGUUUGGAGAGCUCCACCUCCUUAUGAUUCGGUUGAGAUUCAACAAGAAUUUGACCUGGAGUUCCCGUUCAGUGGAAGAUACCAAUUAUUUACUACUAGUACUACCAAGGCAGUAACGCUAACAACCCAUAAACUGAGACCGAUGCCUGUAACAGAAUGGUGGUUAGACGACAUGUACCUGAAGGUUCGUGUGCCGCUUCCUAUUAAUUCUAAUCCUGGAAUGGUGUUUCCCAAGCGUCACUUCGCCAAGAUGGACGAGGUGGCAGACCUUGGCGCGCUCUUCAUCGAUGAUCUGUUAGACUACAAGGAAAUGCUGGACAGAGGUGAGUUGCCACUAGAACGAGCGACCAGUCGCGAGAAAGGACAACCCCUCUGUAUGGAGCAGUUCUAUAGGCUGCUCGGCGUGUGCCGUAUACCAGAGGUGGGGAAGGAUCGGCUUGAGUUCCCGCAGAUGAAACAAGACGGGGAGAACGAGGAGCUGAUCGUGGUGGCCUGCAGGAACUACUUCUACCCUAUCCCAGUGAAGGCAGCUGAUCGUGGACGUUUGACUCCUGGGGAGAUACAGGCGCAACUGUUACACGUUAUGGUGGACGCUGCCGGCGCUCCAGCCGCGCCUCGCGUCGGUCUACUUACCUCCAUGCAGCGAGAUCAGUGGGCAAGGGCUAGAGAACAACUUAUUAAAGGAAGGGGAACUAUUAAAUCUGGCAUAGUUUUUAUAAAGCUAACAAAAAUAAUAACAAAUUAUUUACAUAGAUCGUUAUUUUUCUUUACUGAAUGUUAAACAAUCAUAAUAAAGUAUACCUAACUAGUCUUUGAUAUUAAAUGUUCACAAUUCAUGGUUGACUUGAACUGAACAUCCAGUAAUUUUAAUAAAAAAAUGUUACAAUUUACAUGUAGCAAUAAUUAAAAGAAUAUUAAAGUAGCCAUUGCUUAAAGUGUCCUAAAGUAUUACUGUUUGAUAUUACAGUAUGAUAAAGCUCUAAGGGUUAUAUAUCAAUUAGUACUUAGGACGAGCCAUAUGCUAGACUCACACCUGGUGACAACUUGGCAAUAUGAAUAAAUAUCAAAAGUACUAUUAGUUCAAAUUAGCGGAAAAUUUAGUCUUGAUAUAAAAAACAGACUCAACAGCUCAGAUUGCACAAUCGUGAAACGCGACGACACAGCAGAUCUCGGAAGUUGGUGUGAAAAUGAACAAAUAUUCAGCAAUCACUAGAAGUUAUUUCGCACCGCUGUCUCCAAGUGGUCCAGCGUCUGAUUUCUGCACUGGGUGGCUUGUUCUACUCCAACGUAAUGAAAUAUCAAUUUUUAGAAUGUUCUUGCACAUUUUUGUCACGAGCUCUCCGUCUACAGACUUAUGAUCGUAUUCGUAGAUGAGACCAACCGCACUAAUAUGGAGCUAAUAUCGCGCGCGCUGUGUAUCCUGUGCCUGGACGAGGGCGGCGGGGAGCGGCCGGACCUCGACGUGGACACUAACGCCAUGCUGCGCGCCAUGCACGGCGCCGGCACCCGCCACCAUUCCGCCAAUAGGUGGUUCGACAAAACUGUACAACUGAUAAUAUCAUCCGACGGGACGGUGGGCAUGUGCUACGAGCACAGCGCGGCGGAGGGCGUGGCGGUGGUGCGGCUGGCGGAGCGCGCGCUGGCCCGCGCGGAGGUGGCCGCGCGCCCCGCGCCCCCGCCCGCGCUGCUGCCCGCGCCGCUGCCCAUGCGCUGGGCCCUGCCGCCGGACCUGCACAGGACCAUCGAACAAGCCGCCAGGGACUUGGACCGUGCCAUAUCAGACUUAGACCAUAAGGUGUAUACAUACCGAGGAUACGGGCGCGAGUUUAUGAAGUCCUGCAAGACUAGUCCUGAUGUCUACAUCCAGCUGGCACUACAGUAUGCGUACUAUAAAAUGUACGGAUGUCUGGUUACCACGUACGAGUCUGCUUCACUGCGGCGGUUCCGCAACGGUAGGGUGGACAACAUAAGGUCGGCGCACGCGGCCGCCCACGCGUGGGCUGCGGCCAUGUGUUCAGCUGAGAACUCGCCCCUGAACGAUACAACUGACGAUGGACAAAAGAAAGUCUCCUUCAAUUUAUAUGGGGAUCAAAAGAAACUGGAGCUGUUUGAACAAGCAGCUCGUAAACAGACGGCUAUAAUGGAGGAUAAUAUCCUGGGGAGAGGUAUCGAUAACCACCUGCUGGGUCUGCGGGAGGCGGCGCGCGCGCACCUCGGCGAGCUGCCUCCACUGUUCACUGACGUCACUUACCGGAAGAUGAUAGAGUUCAAACUGAGCACUAGCCAGGUGGCUACCACCACAGACGGCACGUUCAUGGGUUACGGAGCAGUCGUCCCCGACGGCUACGGUUGCAGCUACAACCCGAAGAAGGACUGCGUCAUAUUCUGCAUCUCGUCUUUCCACUCUUCCAGCGAAACCAGCACCGAAGCUUUCCGGCAGAAUUUAGAGGAAGCCCUCGAUUCCAUGAAACUUAUGUUCCAGAACAAACAGCCCGACAAAUGA